AUGCCUCGCCGUAGCUCAGGAAGAUCUGCUCCACGUGCUGCUCCCCGGGCUGCACCUGCCCGUAAUCCCCCUGCACCAGUACACCAGGCUCCUCCUCCUGCUCCUGUUCAAGCUAGCGGCGGUGGAUCUAUACUUGGAGGCAUUGGUUCAACCAUAGCUCAAGGCAUGGCUUUUGGUACUGGUAGUGCAGUGGCACAUAGGGCUGUUGAUGCCGUCAUGGGUCCACGUACCAUUCAACAUGAAACUGUUGUCACUGAAGCAGCUACAGCCGCAGCUCCAGCACCGGCUUCAAAUGCUAUGGGAAUUUCUUCUGAUGCUUGCAAUAAUCAUGCUAAGGCCUUCCAAGAUUGUCUGAAUGGAUAUGGCAAUGACAUUAGCAAGUGCCAGUUCUACAUGGAUAUGUUGUCUGAGUGCCGCAGAAGCUCUGGCAUAGCUUUAGAGAGAGUGCUGGAACUGAGUUCUGAUUUUGGCAGAGAAUCCAUGAAGUCACGACCAUUAACGAAAUUUUGUCUCCCCCGUCGAUUGUAUUCAUCAUUGUAUUGCAUUAACCAUAGACUUCUUUGUGCUUCCUCAUACCCAUUAUCUUGCCAAGAGUCCAUCGGGCAACCUUUCCCGCCAAAAACUAUAUUCAAACAGGACGGUAACGAAGAACAAUACCCUCCUAAGAUUUACCGGUUGUGCGGAGACAAGGAGUUGAAAGAAGCCAUUGAGGAUUUAUGCCGUCAAAAGCGCCUCAAGGAUGCUGUUAAAUUGCUCGAGCACCACCGGGAACCACCCUCUGAGGCUGUAUACUUGGUGCUUCUGCAAUAUUGCAUCCACCAGCGAUCACUGGAGGAGGGAAAAAGAGUUUAUAAUCACAUUAAGUCGAGUGAUUUGAAGCCGAGAAUUUUCAUUUAUAACAAGAUUCUAGAUCUCUUUUGCAAAUGUGGCAGUGUUGAUUACGCACAAAACGUAUUUGAUGAAAUGCGUGUGAAGGAUUUGUGUUCCUGGAAUACAUUAAUUACAGGAUACGCUAAAGAGGGCAGAGUUGAUGAAGCUAGAAAACUGUUCGAUCGGAUGCCUGAAAGGGAUGAAUUCUCGUGGACUUCGAUGGUUUCUGGUUAUGUGAAGCAAAACAAGCCAAAAGAUGCAUUGAGGUUGUAUAAAUAUAUGCAAAAGGAUGGAUCAGUGCCUAAUAAGUUUGCACUUUCUAGUGCACUUGCGGCUGUUGCAUCUAUCCGGUCAUUGCGCUUGGGAAGGGAGAUUCAUGGCCAUAUUGUCCGGAGUGGGUGGGAUUCUGAUGGAGUGGUGUGGAGUGCUUUAUCUGAUAUGUAUGCGAAAUGCGUGUUGACCAAAAUCUUAGUGUUGAGUGAAGUUUAUGGGGCAGAAGAUGUAACCCCAAGCAGCAGCAUAUCAGAGCCAUUCAACAAGUCAAGUUUCCCUCCUGGCUUCAUUUUUGGUGCAGCUUCUGCAGCCUAUCAGUAUGAAGGGGCAGCAUUCGAAGAUGGAAAAGGGCCAAGUAUUUGGGAUGUUUGGUCACAUCAACACCCAGAGUUCAUAUUAGAUCACAGCAAUGGGGAUGUUGCUGACGAUUUCUAUCAUCGUUACAAGGGAGAUGUGAAGCUAAUGAAAUUCAUAGGGCUCAACGGUUUCAGGUUUUCCAUAUCUUGGUCUAGAGUUUUACCACACGGGAAAGUGAGCAAAGGGGUGAACAAGCUCGGAAUCGCCUUCUACAACAAUCUCAUCAACGAAUUAUUAGCCAAUGGAAUAACACCCCUGGUUACACUCUUCCACUGGGACACUCCCCAAGCCCUAGAGGAAGAAUAUCUUGGCUUUCUUAGUUCCCACAUUAUUGAUGAUUUUCGAGAUUUUGCGGAGCUUUGUUUUAAGGAAUUUGGUGAUAGGGUGAAGCACUGGACAACAUUCAACGAGCCAUGGUCAUUUUCAACCGGUGGCUAUGACUCCACGACGGCCAUCGGCACCAUAGCCCCCGGUCGGUGUUCGCCGUGGCUACACAAAUGCGCCGCCGGAAACUCUUCAACCGAACCUUACAUUGUUGCCCACCAUAUCCUCCUUGCUCAUGCAGCUGCGGCAAAGCUAUAUAGACAAAAAUACAAGCCAUAUCAAAAGGGACAGCUAGGGAUUGUGCUUGUUAGCAAUUGGAUGUUGCCUUUUGAUCCCAAAAGGGAAUCUGAUAUUCUGGCUGCCCAAAGAGGCUUAGAUUUCUUCUUGGGAUGGUUUUUAGAUCCAUUGACAUAUGGUGACUACCCAAAAACAAUGCGUAAAUUUGUGGGUGAACGCUUACCAAAAUUCACCCCAUCGCAAUCAAAAUCAGUGAAAGGAUCAUUGGAUUUCUUGGGAAUAAACUACUACACUUCUAAUUAUGCUUUUGACAUCCCCUAUAUAAAAACUGGUAACGUGAGCUGGACCUCGGAUACUCAUAUCAAUAAUACACAGAUUCGAAAUGGGAAACCGAUUGGGGCUCCGACUGGCGCCAGCAUUCUGUACGUUUACCCAAAAGGGCUUACGGACCUUCUUGUCUAUGUGAAGGAGAACUACCAAAAUCCAUCCAUUUAUAUCACUGAAAAUGGGUAUAGUGAAAUUGACAUCAACAAUGUGAAGCAAGGGAUUCGUGAUACGAAGAGGGUGAAAUUCUACCGUGACCAUUUCAAAGCCUUGAAGAAAGCCCUAGACAAAGGGGUUGAUGUGAAAGGGUUCUUUGCAUGGACAUUUCUGGAUACAUAUGAAUGGGGCUCCGGUUACCGGAUGCGGUUUGGCCUGAAUUACGUUGACUAUCAAGAUGGACUGAAGAGGUACCCUAAGCUUUCGGCUCUGUAUUUCAAGCGAUUCCUCAAAUUUGGACAUUGUCCAAUGAAGCCAAUGAAGGAACUCUCCAACUGGCCGGCCGACACCCUAAAGUUCCAAGCCAAUGCCAACCCUUUGGCUUUGAUGCUUAUCAUGGAUGCAUUGUUUACAUUUCUCAUGUUAUCUGCUGCUUGUGCUCUCGCAUUAGCACAAGAGCCAGCUCAUAAAAUAGUGAGUUUUGGUCUUAAACGCUCAGAUUUUCCACCUGGUUUCCUAUUUGGUGCAGCCUCGUCGGCCUAUCAGUAUGAAGGAGCACCAUUUACAGAUGGAAAAGGACAAAGCAUAUGGGAUAAUUAUACACAUACUUAUCCAAAUAAAAUACCUGAUCAGUCUAACGGGGAUGUGGUUGAGGACUUUUAUCAUCGUUACAAGGGCGACAUAAAACUAAUGAAAACUGUUGGUUUGAAUAGCUUCCGAUUAUCCAUCUCAUGGCCACGAAUUAUACCAACCGGGAAGCUAAGAGAUGGCGUGAACCAAAAAGGCAUCGACUUCUACAACAACGUCAUUAACGAGCUUCUGAAAAACGGUAUUGAGCCGUCAGUGACUCUAUUCCAUUGGGAUCUCCCUCAGCAUCUAGAAGACGAAUACAAUGGCUUUUUAAGCUCUGAAAAUAUUACGAAGGAUUUUCUAGAUUUUGCGGAUAUUUGUUUCAAAGAAUUCGGGGAUAGAGUAAAGUUUUGGGCAACAAUCAACGAGCCUUACAUAUUUACCUAUCUGGGUUACGACGCUGGAGAUUUAGCUCCGGGACGAUGUUCUGCCUGGAGAAACAACCAUUGUCCCGCCGGCGACUCUGGAACUGAACCUUACAUUGUUGCCCACAACCUUCUCACUGCUCAUGCUGCUGUAGUUAAUCUCUAUUGGAACAAAUAUAAGGCAAAACAAAAAGGUAAGAUCGGAAUAGUGCUGGUUGUAACAUGGUAUGUGCCCUUCUCCAAGAGGAAAGCCGAUAUUGAUGCAGCUCAACGAGCAUUAGACUUUAUGUAUGGAUGGUUUGCAAACCCAUUGGUUUUCGGGGACUAUCCAGAAAGCAUGAAACGGCUUGUGGGAAAUAGGUUACCGAAGUUCACCGCAAAGGAAUCAAAACUGGUGAAAGGCUCCUAUGAUUUCAUCGGAAUCAAUUACUACAGUGCAAAUUAUGCGGCCAAUACCAUUUACAAUGUUGGAAACAACAUUAGUUAUACUACAGACAACCAGGUUCUCUCAACUGCCGUCAAAUAUGGGAAACCUAUUGGUGAACCGGAAGGAAACAACACCGUAUUCUAUGUGUAUCCGAACGGUCUUCUUGAUGUUCUCCUCUAUACCAAAAACAAAUAUAAUAACCCACUCGUCUACAUCAUGGAGAAUGGAUAUGCUGAAACUGGCAUCGAUAGUGUUCAAGUUGGGGUGCUGGAUUUCAAAAGAGUUGAUUUCUUUGGACAGCAUUUCAAGUAUCUCAAAAAAUCAAUCGAACAUGGGGUCAAAGUGAAGGGCUUCUAUGCAUGGACAUUUUUGGAUACGUUUGAGUGGAAUUCAGGAUUCACAUUGCGAUUUGGUCUUGUCUAUAUAGACUACCCAAAUGAUCUCAAGAGAUCCCUCAAACUUUCAGCUCUGGCUUACCAGAAAUUUCUCAGCACUUAA